AUGUUGGGCGUCAGUGUCCACUGGUUCGCCACCUCAGCCAUGCGCCGUUUGCAUUAUGAAGAGGGCCUGGGAAAGAACCUUCACUUUUCAGUGGAAAAUAAAUGGCAAUUAUUGGGAAUUAUGGCAGUCUUCUUUGGAAGUGGGUUUGCCUUUCCCUUUAUUAUAGUAAGACACCAGCUGCUGAAGAAGUAAAAAGAUUGGAAGGGGAAAUUAUUCUACAAACAGCUUUCCUUUUUCAGUGGAAGAAAAGGUGCAAC